AUGUCGUAUGCCCACGUUGGGGCACCAACCGCCUUCAAUGGCACCGACAACGACAUUGGUGGCGAUUCGCGAUCUGCAAACCUCAACCAAUGGUACCAAGCCGGAGACCAGGCCUUCAUCCUCCUCUCCUCCUGUCUCGUCCUCCUCAUGGUCCCCGGCAUCGCCUUUCUCUACUCCGGCCUCGCUCGAAGAAAGUCGGCGCUCUCCAUGCUCUGGGUCGUCAUGAUGUCCUUUAGCGUCAUCGUCUUCCAGUGGUACUUCUGGGGCUACUCGCUCGCCUUUGGCCAAACCUCUGGCAACGCCUUCAUCGGCGACCUCCAACACUUUGGCCUCAUCAAGGUCUGGGCCACCCCGUCCGUCGGCUCACCUCUUAUCCCCGCCCUCCUCUACUCCUUCUACCAGAUGAUGUUUUGCGCCGUCACCGCCGCCAUCACCGUAGGAGCCGUCGCCGAGAGGGGCCGCGUCAUACCCGGCAUGGUCUUCACCUUUUUCUGGGCCACCCUCGUCUACUGCCCCAUCGCGUACUGGGUCUGGAACUCCAACGGAUGGGGCUUCAAGAAUGGCGUCCUCGACUACGCCGGCGGCUGCCCCGUCGAGAUUGGCUCCGGUCUCUCCGCCCUGGCCUACUCGUGGGUUCUGGGUCGGCGCAAUGAAAAGAUGAUGAUGAACUUUCGCCCGCAUAACAUCUCCCUCAUCACCCUGGGCACUGUGUUCCUGUGGUUCGGAUGGCUCGGCUUCAACGGCGGCUCUGCCUUUGGCGCCAACCUUCGCGCCGUCAUGGCCUGCUGGAACUCGUGCCUCACUGCCAUGUUCGCCGCCAUGACGUGGUGUCUUCUCGACUUUCGCCUGGCCAAGAAGUGGUCCAUGGUUGGCUGGUGCUCGGGGACCAUUUCCGGCCUUGUUGCUGCCACUCCCGCCUCGGGCUUCAUCGAUCCCUGGGCCAGCAUCGUCCUCGGUGUUGUCGCCGGCCUGUGCUGCAAUUUUGGCACAAAGAUCAAGUUCCUCGUCCGCAUCGACGACUCGCUCGACGUCUUCGCCGAGCACGGCAUCGGAGGCAUGGUCGGCCUCAUCUUCAACGCCUUCUUCGCCACCGGCAAAGUCAUCGGCCUCGACGGCGUCAACGUCGGCGCCGCCGGAGGCUUCAUCGACGGCAACUACAAGAUCCUCGGCUGGCAGAUUGCCGCCAUUGCGGCUUCCUCGGCCUACGCCUUUGUCAUGUCCGCCGCCAUUGCCAAGAUCAUCGACAUCAUCCCCGGCCUCAAGCUGCGCGCCUCGGAAGAGGCGGAGCUUUUCGGCAUGGACGACGACCAGCACGGCGAGUUCUCGUACGACUACGUCGAGGUCCGGCGCGACUUCCUGGCCUGGAGCCCCCCCAGCGGCGAGCCAGCUCUCGACGGCGAAGCCAUUGAGCCUCGGCACGGCAUCCACCAACACGCCAGUAUGGCGAGGCCGUCGAGCGCGUCCGAUGGCCACGUGGACAAGAAGUCGUCCCCGUCGUCUGUCCAGGAUGACCGAGAGCGGGCAUGUCGCUCCGACAGCGAGAAGCGACAGUGA